AUGAGUUUGGACGAUUCCUGGAUGCUAAGGAACGAUCAUACCGUUAGCUCUUCUGGUCCCUCUCCCACGCAACUCCAUUUAGAGGAUAAGCCGGGAGCUGUUAUGCCUUCCGAUUAUCACGCAUUCGCUAAGAGGCUCGAUCUGGCUCAAUUGUCAAAGCAUUUGGCCAUUUUCGGCCCGAUAGAAAUCUGGGAGGAGGUAGUGCGGCUCAACAGUGGGGAUUGUGGACCGCCACUUGACGUUCUUCGGCCUCUCUCACCAAUCACAAUCUCUGUCAACAAUCGAAGAUACCGCUGUAGAUGUAUGGUGUUCGACGAUGAGCUGCAAAAUAGAUUGCGCACAUUGUCCACAAGCAUCGAACGAUUCUAUCAGCAAAUUGAAGGCGGCCUUGCUCAUCAAGGGAGACUCGUGAAGGACAUGAAGCUAGAGUAUAAUGAAAUUAUGGAUCAGCAUUAUCGUGACGAUAGUCUAGUCUAUCCUGAUCCAUUAGAGGCUCUGCCACCAGAGAUUGGUCUGAUGAUCCUUCACAAAGCCCUGCUUGGAUUGGAGAUGGCAAACCUUCAUCUUCGGUGCACCCUCGUUAUGGACCACAAUCAACAUGGACUUCAACAGUCCAGACCUCUACCUCCGUAUGGCAACUCACCUCCGACUCUCCCAGAAUUCCCCGCUUACACUG